UCUCUUUCUCUUUCGCAGAAGCCGAAAAGCCUCUGCUUUCUCAAAACUUUCCCCCAGAACCCCCUAUAGAACAAACAAUCGGUAGUGUUUUUGAGCCGAAUGCAUAUACGUAUAGAAGGAAAAACCUGUAAAACUCAAUAGCUUUUAAAUCCAGUUCAGAGGUUGUAAUGCCUGACAGCUUAGGAACUAGUAUGGGAUCCGAAAUCCAAUCGGAUCCUCCAUGUGCCUCGGCGAAUGGAUCCCCGGCUUUGUUUCACAGGAGAAUAGAGUUUCACCCGGCGAGGAAGCCCUUUAAGGGAUUCGGUAAUGGCGGCGGUGGUGGCGAUUUCAAGCUUGAGACUCUGAACCCCGGCGGCGGCUCGGACCAACGGCGAUUGGGGUCUAACACGGGUCAAUCAGGUUUGGCUGGGAAGAAAGGAGAUGGGUCCGAGUUUUUGGAGCAUGGGUUGGAUCCAGAGCUCAGCUUCGGGAUUACCGUUCGGAGAAUUGGUGCUGGCCUGCAAAAUCUUGGAAAUACUUGCUUCCUCAAUUCAGUGUUGCAGUGUCUAACGUACACAGAGCCUUUAGCAGCAUACCUGCAGAGUAGCAAGCAUCAAAAUUCUUGUCAUAUUGCUGGAUUUUGUGUUUUAUGCGCCAUCCAAAAGCAUGUCAGCUGUGCUCUACAAUCAACUGGGAGAGUAUUAGCACCUAGUGAUUUUGUCAGGAACUUGCAAUGCAUAUCACGGAAUUUCCGGAAAGCUAGACAAGAGGAUGCACAUGAGUACAUGGUAAAUUUGCUGGAAUCAAUGCAUAAAUGUUGCUUACCUUCUGGAGUGCCUGGUGAAUCCCCUAGUGCUUAUGAGAAAAGUUUGGUGCACAAGAUAUUCGGAGGUCGCCUUAGGAGUCAGGUUAAAUGCUUGCAAUGUUCUUAUUGCUCCAAUACGUUUGAUCCAUUCUUAGAUUUAAGUCUUGAAAUAGUCAAGGCAGAUUCCUUGCAUAAAGCACUUGCAAACUUCACUGCUGCAGAGCAGUUAGACGGAGGAGAAAGGCAAUAUCAGUGUCAACGAUGCAAGCAGAAAGUUAGGGCUCUCAAACAGCUUACGGUCCACAAGGCACCAUAUGUCCUAACUGUUCACUUGAAGCGGUUUCAUGCUCAUGAUCCUGGGCAAAAGAUUAAAAAGAAAGUUCAUUUUGGUUGUACAUUAGAUUUGAAACCCUUUGUCAGUGGUUCCUAUGAUGGAGAUCUGAGGUAUACUCUUUAUGGUGUUUUGGUCCAUGAUGGUUGGAACACCCAUUAUGGACAUUAUUCUUGCUAUGUUCGCACUUCAAAUGGCAUUUGGUACUAUCUCAACGACAAUCAGGUUGCCCCAGCCAGUGAGAAGAGAGUUCUAGAACAGCAAGCUUACAUGCUGUUUUAUGUUCGUGACAGAAGAAAUAUUAUUCCGAGGAAAAUCCCCACUGAUGUUGCUCAUAAAGAGAAUUUGAAAGGAAACACUAAUGGAAAUAGAACAUCUUCCAGUUUCAACCAAGGCUUAAAGGAGAUAGUUAAGAAUGGUCCAGUUGAGAAUCGGUUAAGUGGUGCAACCUCUGCUACUGCUGUUUCUCGGAAUGAUGUGUUAAAUGUUGGUCCACAUAGGACACCCCUUACUAAGGAAGAAUUAGUACAAAAAAAUAAUUGCCUGAUAAUUACCCAAUGCUCAGUGCUGGAAAAGGUUUCUGUACUAGAACCUGUCUUAAAGUUGCCAUUAUCAAACACUCCACAGGAAACACUUCCUGUUACUGACCCAAACUCAGUAUCAGCUCCAUCUGGUGAUGGUGGGGCUCCUGAUAUUGAAAAGACAGCUAAAGGCAUUAUUAAUGAUCAUAAAGAGCAUGGAGAUUCAAGGAAAGAUAUGAGAGUCUCGGUUGCAACAUCACCUACCUUCAGUGAUCCCCAAAGCUCUUCUACUGCCAAACUUGUCAGAGAGGAGACCUCUCAGAAGGUUGGGAAUACAUCCGGCACUGUUGGCAAUUCACUGGUUGAGAAUGCUGGUGUUCCGGUUCAAAAAAUAGCGCUUGAUGGGUCAGUGAAAUUGUGCUCAUCAUUGAAGAGAAAUGGAUCACAGAAACAAGCUUGUAAUUGCAAACAUCACAGAAAACUGAAAAAGAAGCUAGUGAAAUGCCGGGCGGCGAGCAUGCAGCUUAAUUCACACUUCCUUUUCCAGGCAUCGUUGAGUUUGUGGAAGAAGAAAAAGCACAAAAGAAACAAAAAACACACUGUAGAUGUGAAGAAUAUUAACAGAGAAAACUUGUUUGACAUGGAUUGUAUCUCAACUGAUCUGGGGCCGUCUACAUCUGAGAUUACCAGGAAAAUUACCUCAAGUUUAGCUCAACCUCUGAGAAAAGGGAUCAAGUCUGGUUCAAAAGAGGGAGCUAGUAAUGCUGCUGCCAAGGAUUUAAUGAAGAUGGAAGAUAUAAUAAAUGAUGAAUUUAGACAAAGAAUCGAUCAGAGUGGAACUGUGCUUGCCACUGAUAAGCAAUUGGAGAAGUGCUCUGGCUCUAGCUUGGAAGCAGAUCAGUGGGAAGCAGGACGAUUAGAUGGUCCAAAAGAAGGAAAAAGAAAAGUAAUGCAAAAUGGUUUGAUGAGUAUGCUCACCCGAGGUCUGGAGGAGACAGUUGUUGCUCAGUGGGAUGGGAUAGAGUUGCCUACAUCUCAAUCUGCAGCAUCAAAUGGCAUGGGUAAAAUCAGCAUCGGCUACAUACCAGAUGAAUGGGAUGAAGAAUAUGACAGGGGAAAGAGAAAGAAGGUUAGGCAGUUUAAGCAUACUUUUGGUGGACCAAAUCCUUUUCAAGAAAUCGCCACCAAGAAAACACAAACGAACAAGGCUAAAGUGAACCGAUCUAGCUCAGGAAAUCAGCCAUUCAGGAUAUGAAGAAACUAGAUUGAUAUCAGUGAAGUGUAAGCCUGACUCAUUUGUUUGCCUGGAGCAAUUGGUGUAUUGUUUAAGCAGAAAUUUUAAGGAGAGUGCUAGAGCUGAUCUUAUCCUUUCCGGGAAUUGUUUGUUAGGGAGGGAGAUUUGGGGGGAUUUUUUGUAUUGGACUUAUUCCUCUCGGAACAUUUCUCAUGUUGGAAGACUUUAUUAUCUGAACAGGUUUUAUGUUCGAGAAAUGAUCAAGUUCUUUUUGCUAA